UGUGGCUGUGUAUGUGCUGAACCGGCUCCCCUCAGCAGCUCUUCUCUUUCCUCGGCUUCUGUUUUUUAUUUUGGGCCAUGGAACCUGUAGCAGAAACCAACAACGCGGGCGUGCAGGUGCGGGAUGACCUGGCCGAGAAGUGUCAAAAACUCUUUCUGGAGUUUCUGGAGGAGUUUCAGGAUAAAGUUGGAGAUCCACUGUAUUUACCCGAAGCUCAGGAGCUCAUCCGACCUGAGAGAAACACGCUGACUGUGAGUUUCACCAACAUUGAGCAGUACAACCAGCAACUGGCCACCACUAUUCAGGAGGAGUAUUACAGGGUGUACCCAUUUCUUUGCAGAGCAGUGCGCCACUUCGCCCGUGACCAUGGGAACAUACCACCAUCUAAAGAGUUUUAUGUGGCCUUUUCUGACUUUCCUUCAAGGCAAAAGAUCCGUGAGCUGUCCACUGCUCGUAUCGGCACUCUGCUUCGGAUCAGUGGUCAGGUGGUGCGGACACACCCUGUUCAUCCAGAGCUGGUCAGUGGAACGUUCCUCUGUCUGGACUGUCAGUCGGUCAUUAAGGAUGUGGAGCAGCAGUUUAAAUACACACAGCCCGCAAUCUGCAAAAACCCUGUGUGUGCCAAUCGCCGCAGGUUCAUGCUGGACACCAAUAAGUCCCGCUUUGUCGACUUUCAGAAGGUGCGUAUUCAGGAGACACAGGCGGAGCUUCCUCGAGGCUCAAUCCCCCGCAGCGUGGAGGUGAUCCUGAGGGCUGAGGCUGUGGAGACGGCACAGGCCGGAGACCGCUGUGACUUCACUGGCACUCUCAUUGUGGUGCCUGAUGUUUCUGCCAUGGCGCUCUCUGGUACCAGAGCAGAGACCAGCAGCAGGGUGACUGGAAAGGAGGGCUUUGAGGCGGAUGGGAUUCAGGGCCUGAAGGCUUUGGGUGUUCGAGAGUUGUCCUACAGAUUGGCCUUUCUGGCCAGUCAUGUUGCACCUACAAACCCAAGGUUUGGAGGUAAGGAGCUGCGUCAGGAGGACCAGACGGCAGAGAGUGUGAAGAACCAGAUGACUGUGCAGGAGUGGGAGAAGGUGUUUGAGAUGAGCCAGGAUAAGAACCUCUAUCACAACCUCUGCACUAGCCUCUUUCCCACCAUUCAUGGGAACGAUGAAAUCAAGCGUGGCAUUUUGCUCAUGCUUUUUGGUGGUGUGGCUAAGACAACCAUGGAGGGGACGUCUCUAAGAGGAGACAUCAAUGUCUGCGUCAUCGGAGACCCCAGCACUUCCAAAAGCCAGUUCCUCAAGCAUGUUGAGGACUUUGUGCCCAGAGCUGUGUACACCAGUGGUAAGGGCAGCAGCGCUGCCGGUCUGACCGCCGCUGUGGUCAAAGACGAGGAGUCUCACGAGUUUGUGAUUGAGGCUGGAGCUCUCAUGCUGGCUGACAAUGGUGUGUGCUGUAUUGAUGAGUUUGAUAAGAUGGACCUGAAAGACCAAGUGGCCAUCCAUGAAGCCAUGGAACAGCAGACCAUCUCCAUCACCAAGGCUGGAGUCAAGGCUACGUUGAAUGCCCGCACGUCCAUCCUGGCAGCAGCCAAUCCCAUUGAUGGCAGAUACAACCGCUCCAAGUCUCUGAAGCAGAACGUCAACAUGUCCGCCCCCAUCAUGUCCCGAUUUGACCUCUUUUUCAUUCUGGUGGAUGAGUGCAAUGAGGUGACAGAUUAUGCCAUAGCCAGGCGAAUUGUAGACCUCCAUGCCAGGAAUGUAGAAUCAGUAGAACGUGUUUAUGCCGCAGAAGACAUCCAGAGAUACAUACUUUUUGCCAGGCAGUUUCAACCAAAGAUCACUCGGGAGGCACAGGAGUUUGUGGUGGAGCAGUAUAAACGCCUGCGGCAGAGAGAUGGAGGUGGUACUACUAAAUCUGCCUGGAGAAUCACAGUGCGGCAGCUGGAGAGCAUGCUGCGUCUGUCCGAGGCCAUGGCCCGCCUCUAUUGCUCAGAUGAGGUUCAACCCAAACACGUGAAAGAAGCCUUUAGACUUCUGAAUAAGUCCAUCAUUCGUGUGGACUCCCCUGAUAUCAACUUUGACCAGGAACAAGAUGACAACGAGGAUAUGAAUGAUCAUAAUGAGCUGUUGACUGGGGAGGUGAACGGUCAGAAUGGUGCUGCUGAUGCAGUGGAAGCCAUGGACACUGGUGAGGCCGAGCAGCAGGAGAAAACGGCCACAACCAAACCAGCUCUGCGCAUGUCCUUCGCAGAGUACCGCAGACUCUCCAACCUGCUGGUGCUGCACAUGCAGAAAAUGGAGCAAUUGGAUGAAGAGUCCUCUGUAAAGAAGAGUGAGCUCGUCAACUGGUACCUGAAGGAAGUCGAGAGCGAGAUCGAGUCUGAGGCUGAACUCAUCGCCAGGAAGUCUCUUAUCGAAAAAGUGCUGCACAGAUUGAUCCAUUAUGACCAUAUCAUCAUUGAGCUGACAAAAACGGGCCUUAAGAAGGUUGGUGAUGAGGGAGAGGAACCCGUCAUGGAGGAAGACCCCUUCCUAGUGGUCAAUCCCAAUUACAUAUUGGAAGACUAGAGGAGUUUAUGGUGGUCUCUAGUAUUUGUAUUAAUUGUAUUGUCUGCAUAGUAUUUAUGAAAAUAAACUGA